CCACGGGCUGGAUCUCCAACAACUUGAACUUUACGAAGAAAGCUUCUUUCAAAGUCAGUGUCGAACGGCACGAUGAAGAAUUUCUGGGCUUUACCUGCUUUCCUGCGUCUUGCGCUCGCAAGUCAGCAUUCUUUCAGCGUGUUUGAUGAUCUCCUCGCAUUCCCUCAGUAUGAAGUUCUUUUUCCGGAUACCUACUUGACUGAAGACGAGGCGGCGGGUCUCCUCGCUCGAUCUGGAUCUCACAUCCAACCCUCUACAUUGCCGCAAUCCCAAGAGACUCAGGAGCUUACGGAAGGACACCAUCAGAGCCAUGCUCCGCCGGCAGACAUUGAAGAGCUCGAGCAUACUUAUGAGCCCGUUGUCCUUGACGGUCGAAGAUAUAUUUGCAGUAUUCCCAUCAUCGUAGAAGAUGAGACUGUAAAUGCAACAGCAAGCGCUGAACAAGCAAAAGCAGAGGAAGAGAAGGAAUUGGUGCGCGCCGCAGAUAGAGGCUGGGAACUGCUGGAUGGUAUGAAGGACAGUUGUAUCUAUUACAUCGGCGGGUGGUGGGCGUAUAGCUUUUGCUACCAGGGGGAGAUCAAACAAUUCCACCCGCUACCCCCGGGUCGUGGUGUGCCACACUAUCCUCCUGCGGAAGAUGCCGCUGUCAAUAGCUUCGUGUUAGGAAAGUUUCCCAAGCCCGAGGACGGCAGUGAUCAAUCCAAGGCGUCGAAGGAGACACAGAAAACCCUCGGGAAAGAAGAGGGAACUAAAGAGACGAUGGAUGACGAAGGCAACAUCCAAAAGCCGAAAACUGCAUCGGGAUCUACACUAGAAGUUGCUAGACUAGAGACAAAGGGAAGCUCGAGAUACAUGGUUCAACGAAUAAGUGGAGGGACUGAAUGCGACUUGACAGGCAAAGAAAGAAAGGUGGAAGUUCAGUACCACUGCCAUCCCCAGUCGGCGGAUCGUAUCGCCAUGAUCAAGGAGACUGCCACCUGCACAUAUCUCAUGAUUGUGAAUACUCCUCGUCUUUGCAAUGACGUUGCUUUUCUGCCACCACAAGAAAACCUUGCACACACAAUUAAUUGCCAACCAGUCGUUCAAGAUUUCGAAGCCGAGGCCUGGGAAAUGGUACAAGUAGAAGACAAGCUUGCUGAAGCAGAGCGGAUAAUAGCUCUCGAAAACCAAAACCCAUUGCGAGAAAUCGCGGACGGUGCAGAAGGAUCGACAAAGCGUGGACCCAUUGUGGGUGGCAUCGAAGUCGGGGCACAGAAAUUCGUUGGCUCUGAAGGCAAGGUGAUCGAGAAAAGUGUAGUCGUCGGCGGAGGCAAGAAGACUCAUCUCGCCACCAUCGCAACAUCAUCCGGAGAGCAAUUAAGCGUGGCCGAAAUGAAGAAACUUGAUAUCAAGAAUCCCAAGGACGUGGAGAGGCUGAAGACCACCAUCAAGAAGCGUGCAGGGAAGAAAGCGUGGAAGCUCGAACUUAUAGAAACACCAUUAGGAAGAGAGUUUGUUGCAGUCAUCGAGAUAGAGGAUCAGGAGGACGUGGAAAAGAAAGCGAAGGAUGGGAGGAAAGAAGAUGGAGAAUCACCUAAAGGGAAGACCAGCUCCAAAGCCAAAGCCAAAGCCCCGGACAGUGAGGAAUGGCAGGGUGCCGAAGACCAACAGGAGGGAAGUGAGGAGAUCUAUAAGGACGAGCUCUAAGUGUGUAUGAUGAUCUACAAUAUUGUUUUCGUGUAGUUAAAUAUUCUUUCGUACGUCGAUAAUACCCAGGAUUGUUUCUCUCCA